CCAUAAUCUAAUGUUUAGACUGGAUUGUAGGGUUUCUGUGCUUGAGCCCCCACGAUCACCCCUCACGCACACACGAUAACUAUCACAUACAAGGCCCAUCGAAAAAUGUCGCUGCCACCAUCUCUCCUCCUCCUUCUCGUGGCAAUCCUUCCAGCCGCUGCCUCACCCAUCACUCCAGAAACAUACCUCCUCCACAAGCGCUCGGCCUCACCACACAAUAUUGGCAUUGGCUUCGCGAUAGGCUUAUCCGUCCUAUUGGUGGCAUCCAUCAUAUUCUACCUGGGCGUCCAGCGCGGCCGCACAGGCACAUGGUUCUGCUGGCGCGCGCCUCUCGCAUCGCUCAGCCCAGCCCCGCUGGGCGAAAAAGCGCACCCCAUCAACACCGACAUGCUGAAAAGCCGCAUCAGCUCCCCCAUCCAGAUGCACUCAAGUGCGCUCCCAGAACUCUCACCCGUGGAAGUGCAGCCUCGUGUCGCGGAACUGCCGUCGCCGCUGGAGGAGAAGCCCAAGUUCCUCGAGCUGUCCGCGACAAAUGAGAAGGCUAUCUACGAGAUGGGGUUGGCGUCGCCCCGGCGGCCACCGAGCGCGGCAUCGAUGGAGGAGAAGAGCUUCUACUCGAGCCGCAAGUCUUCGAUAGCGACUGCGUAUCGGAAGAGCUUCGCGAGCGUGAAGACGUCGGGGAAAAGUGUUUAUUCGACGCAGGAGCGGCCACCGAAGGUCAACAGCUGGUUUGACCGAAAGAGCUGGUUUUGUCGGGGGGCGAUGGAAGUCGAGGAUGAGGAGAAGAAGAUUCGGGGAAAGGGUGCGGCGGAGGAUGAGGACACCCGUGUUUUGGCGCCUCCUCCUACGGCAGUGAUAGCGGAUGAGGCUGAAGCGGACAGGAGACAGAGUCAUAUGGAUUGGUCUGGGAUGGAGUGGUUGACGAAGGUGUACAAUGGGCGCAAGUCGAGGCGACUGAGCGGGAUGAGGAGUUUUUUCAUCGCUGGUGAUGAGAAAUAAGAGGGGAUACCAUACUGUACUGAACAUAUCUUCCAUGAGGCUCGAACAACAGAAGCGAUCGCGAGCAAGGUAUAGCUUUGGCGCGAUUUCAUGCUUUGGACGUACUACCGAGCGCUCGCUUACAUGCGAUGCGCCAGUACGAUGUCGCUGCCGCUGGUCCUGCUGCAAUUGGUCGCUUCGUUGUCACCAGUCGGACGAUGGGUUGUGCAUACACGAAAUGGUUCCCUUUGUUUGUACUAUAUGCUCGGCG